CUGCCCGGAUAUAGAUACUUAACGGCUGGAUUCAAUCCAUACGCGGUCAAAUUUUAAAGCAAAUUUCCGAUUGAGCCAACAUACGGUAUGCAACAUUUACCGUGAAUGUAGUCGCCACAAAUUCUGGAACAUUGCAGUUAAAUUUCAGUCAAGCCAUAAUGCCGAUCCGCAAUACUUCUGCAAUAUGGAUUGAAUCCAGCCCUCAAUCAUUAGCCCUAAGUACAUGAUGUGAUGUACUGGGGAAUAUUUGACUGUUAGCUGUUACCAUUUAGCCACCAUCACCAUGGCAAUAGCCACCAUCACCAUGGGAUGUUGUGGAUCAAAACCAGAAGACCAGAUACAGAUCCCAGCGUAUUCAACAAAGAAGGGUUAUAACUCAACUGCAGGGCAAGAAAACCCUUUACAGACAGAUACUCAUGUCAAACUAUCUCCUAAGAAAGAUGCAUCAGCAAGAUCCAGCAAGAAGACAGCAAAGUUCGAUAUAAAUCAGGCACGCUCACAUGAAGUGGAUGUUACUCUGGAUGUGGACACAGCUCACCCUAAGCUGAAGAUAGAUGGGAAAUCACUACAGUGGACUAAUGAAUCACAGCAGAGAAACAUUAACAUUGAGAACUGUUUUGAUGAAGAGCCUUUUGUGUUGGGCAAAAUGGGCAGUCCUUUGAAGACUUACUGGGAGGUGAAUGUGAAGGAGAAGGAUGACUGGGUGCUUGGCGUUGCCAAGGCAACGGCUAACAGGAAGGGGCCGUUGGCUUUCACUCCAACUAAUGGAUUCUGGGUAAUCAGACUAUCCAAUGGGCAAAGACUUAAAGCCAUGGAGGAUGAAGAAUGUGUUCUUGCCAAAGGUAUUCCAGAUAAAGUUGGUAUCUAUCUGGAUUAUCAGGAAAGGAAGGUGACUUUCUUUAAUGCAGAAGAAGGUUCACUCAUCUACUCAUUUAUUAAUGGACCAAGUUAUCAGGAUGAUGUCCGCCCACUUUUCUCACCCUGGAACAACGAUGCAGAUGCAAUCACAAUUUUGCCCAUCUCGGCAACAUAGAAAAACAUAAUUCAUCACAUACCCUAUUUGUCAAUAGCUUAUUGUGGUAUAAAGCUAUGUGAAUCCUUUUCGAUUAAGUAAUAUAAAUAAUUGUGGAUUAAUUCAUAUGAUCCUUUGCUGUCAUCAAACCAGGCAUCAACGUUGUGUUUCAUCUUCUUUAUUAAUAUACUAGACAUUCAUUAUUUCAGUAGUGUAUUGUGUGUGACAUUAAACAUGCAUUUUUGUUGAUUUGUGAAAAAUACAAGUUCUUAUUUGGUAUCUGGUUGUAGAUCUAUUGAUGACUAGGAUUGAAAGAAACAACUACCAUCUACUGGCUUGUAUAUAGUUGUUUUGACAAGUUUGGUAAUCAUCCAUCACAUAAACCUUGAUUAUCUAAACAAUGACCAACAAUGGAAUCUGGUUAGCCAGAUUGUCACGCCCUGACCUUAGAGAUCCUUUUUAUGUCUCUAUUUUGGUUGGUCAGGGCGUGAGUUUGGGUGGGCAUUCUAGGUCUGGUGUUCUAUGUUGU